GCAGACAUUUAUUCAUUUGCUAUCACAAUGUUUGAAACUAUAUCUUGGCGAGAAGCGUACCCCAAAAGUGAAUUUAAAUAUCCAUGGAAAAUAGCAGACUUUGUGAAUGGUGGAAAUCGUCUCCAAAAACUUGAUUGUAUGACUAAUGAACAGUAUGAACUGAUAUCAAACUGUUGGGAACACGAAAAAGAAGAAAGAAUCACCAUUGAAACUGUAAGAGAAAAACUUCAAAAUAUGAUGAGGUGA